CUGUCAUUUUCACAGCCACCAACAUAACAACCUCACAAUUCCCCACCAUCUCUUUUCGGCAAGAAUCGAAUCCCUGUGGCAUCAGCUCACGUUAGUCGUAACUCAAAUCUAACGCAAAGAUGUCGGGAGGUCUAGAAGUCCUCAGCCUCAAAGAGGAUGACGUGACCAAGAUGUUAGCCGCUGGAACCCACCUCGGCACCUCCAACGUGGACUUCCAAAUGGAACAGUACGUCUACAAACGCCGCGCUGACGGCAUCCACAUCAUCAAUCUACGCAAAACUUGGGAAAAAUUGCUGUUGGCGGCACGUGCUAUCGUCGCAAUCGAACACCCGUCUGAAGUUUUCGUGAUUUCGUCCAGACCCUACGGACAGAGGGCUGUGUUGAAGUUUGCCGCUCACACUGGGGCUACCCCCAUCGCUGGAAGGUUCACCCCCGGUGCCUUCACCAAUCAAAUUCAGGCCGCGUUCAGAGAGCCCCGUCUCCUCAUCGUGACCGACCCAGCCUACGACCACCAACCCAUCACGGAAGCUUCGUAUGUCAACAUUCCCGUCAUUGCCUUCUGCAUUACUGACUCGCCCCUAAGGUUCGUGGAUAUCGCGAUCCCCGGUAACAACAAGGCGGCACACAGUAUUGGACUGUUGUGGUGGAUGCUCGCCCGUGAGGUUCUCCGUCUGCGUGGGCUCAUCCCCCGCGAGACCAAAUGGGACGUAGUCGUCGAUUUGUUCUUCUACAGGGAGCCCGAAGAGGCCGAGAAGGAAGAGCAAGCGGCUAAAGAGGCCGUCGUGGUGAAGCCCGAGGUGGUCACACACGAGCCCCAGGACCUCGAGUGGAAUACCCUUGAAAACCAGGACUGGACGGCCACCGAGCCGCAGCCUGCUGUGCCUGUGCCCGCGGCUGGACCGUUCCCGGCGCCGACGACCGACGACUGGGCCGCCCAGGUGCAGGAAGAGUGGGGGGCCAACGCUACAGCCACGCAGCCCGCCGCACAACCCAACUGGGGCGGCACUGCCUCCGAAUGGCAUUAAUUUUAUCUGACUUGUUUUAAAGAUCAAUAAAAGAAAUUUGAGGA